GAUCGCACGCAGAGUGGAUAAGUGCGUAAAGACGCGCGGAACUCUUUCUCUCUCUUUCUCUCUCUCUCUCUCUCUCUCUCUUGCGUGAAUCCUCGCGCGUUUUCCCGCGGAACAAAACUGGUUUAUCGCGAAGCACUCUGAAAACCACCUGAACUACGCUCGAGUCUCAAUAGGUAUAUAAGAGCAGAGCCAAAGUGUGACGCGUCUUUCGUACGCCACCACACCGACUAUGAGGAGCACGGCAAUUCUGCGUCUUUCGUCAUUGCUGCUCAUAUCCCCGAUAGUGUCAGCGCAAUGGUCGUUUCCCGACGAAAUUCGAUGCACUAUGCCAAAUCAACAGCUGGGAACGUGCAUCAAUAUCAGACGUUGUCCAUCAAUGUUGGAUAUGUUGCAAACGAGGCCUCUCACCCCGCAAAUCACCGAUUUUCUGAGAAAGUCACAGUGCGGAUACGAAGGUAGCAAUCCGAAAGUUUGUUGUAAAUACAACGACAUAGUAGAAGCGCCAACUGAAGCACCAAUUCAGAAUCCAUUAACUAAUCCAGAGCCACCGCCAAAUGUAAGGAAUCACCCAAACCUGCGUCUGCUAGAAGCCCAUUGCGGCAUAAUCAAUAAACCGAAAAUUAUUGGUGGCACGGUGACUGGGAUCAAUGAGUUUCCUUGGAUGGCCCUUCUCUCGUACGACGUCGGCAGAACCACACCGGAAUUCCGUUGUGGCGGCUCCGUCAUCAACAAGCGUUAUAUCCUUACUGCGGCACACUGCGUCACCAAAUUACCCUCCAAUCUACGAUUGAUUGGCGUGCGAGUUGGAGAGCACGACAUGGGAACCGAUGUAGACUGCGAGAAUAUGGGCAGCCAGACUGUAUGCAAUGGAGAACACCAGGAUUUUGGAAUUGAGGAAGUGAUUUUUCAUCCGCAAUACGCGAGGACCGCGCUGCACAACGACGUAGCUCUGAUAAGGGUCAACGACGACAUUGACUUCAGGCCUGCUAAUGCAAAAGCCAUUUGCAUGCCACUCAACAUUGCAGGCGUCAUUCCCCCGAAAAUGACGGUAACAGGUUGGGGUGUGACCGAGCUGCAAGUCUCGAGCCCGGUCAUGUUAAAAGUUAACUUGCCACGUUUCUCGCAAGACGAGUGCGCGGCAGUGUAUCAACGCCAGACUGAAAUCUGGCACAAGCAGAUGUGCAUGGGCGGCCAACAGGGUAAAGACUCCUGCAAUGGCGACUCCGGCGGUCCCAUUCAAGCUCCUGGCGUCGUCAACGGCAAGAAUAAAUACAUACAAUACGGCAUCGUCAGCUUCGGCGUGAAAAACUGCGGCACCCAAGGUUUACCCGGCGUCUACACUCGCGUCGACUACUACCUCGACUGGAUACUCAACAGCAUAAGAGCUUGAUGAGCGCGAGAUCGAUUCGUACGCGUGGUUGCAGUGCGUUGUACUCGAGCUGUAGCUGUGAAUUGAAUAAGACUUUACUAUUAUGUUAUAUAUGUUAUAUAAUAUAUAUGUGGAUAUAAGAAUCUUAUCCACUAGAAGGAAAGAGAUAUCACCAAACGAUGAUGUAGCACAUGAACGAACUUCUGUUGUACGUCAUACUGUAUUAAUUUAAUAAUGAACCUUUGCUACAUGGAAUGGAUUAUUUACAAUGCUACGUGUACACUUUGUAAAUACUCUCUAGUCUUUUAUAUAAAUUUUUCCAAGCAUUGCAGUCCUGGAUCACGUCAUUGUCAUUACUCAGUUACUUUUCGUUCCGUAAUACUCUAAUAUUUGCUUUAAUUGUA